AAUGUUUGGAUUUCUCCACCAGGAGGGAGGACAAACAAGCUUUUUUCUUGCCUUCUGGGCAGCUUUGUGUGCUCUCCAGCACGGAGUCCGAGGAGGAAAAGCGAAGCUGAAAAUAAAAAUUAUCCUGGGGCUGGACCCAUUCGCUCCUCUACGGGCACGAAUCUCUUCGGAUACCCCCAACCCUACCGCCUCUCAGAAAUGACCACUUUUGCAAAAUUGCAUGCAUUUCCAAGCUUCAUCCGGCUCCAGGCUUGGCCUCUCGGAGAGGCAGGCGGCUUAUGAGACGGGCUCCAGAGAAAAGACCUCCCUGGGUCUGUCAUUUCCUGGCUGAAGUUUCUCUUCUCGCUGCUGUGGCAGCAUCCAACCCACACACACAGGACCCGCAUCCUGGGUGAUGAAGUCAGACAUGCAGCAGCUGGGUGAGUGCUGACGCUCCGAUAAGCAUCUGUGUCAUUGUAGGGACUCCCUGGGCUGCUCCGCACCCGGGCACUUGCUCUGUCCCCACCAUGUACAACGGGUCGUGCUGCCGCAUCGAGGGGGACACCAUCUCCCAGGUGAUGCCGCCGCUGCUCAUUGUGGCCUUUGUGCUGGGCGCACUAGGCAAUGGGGUCGCCCUGUGUGGUUUCUGCUUCCACAUGAAGACCUGGAAGCCGAGCACUGUUUACCUUUUCAACUUGGCUGUGGCUGAUUUCCUCCUCAUGAUCUGCCUGCCUUUUCGGACAGACUAUUACCUCAGACGUAGACACUGGGCUUUUGGGGACAUUCCCUGCCGGGUGGGGCUCUUCACCUUGGCCAUGAACAGGGCCGGGAGCAUCGUGUUCCUUACGGUGGUGGCUGUGGACAGGUAUUUCAAAGUGGUCCACCCCCACCACGCGGUGAACACCAUCUCCAACCGGACGGCGGCUGGCAUCGUCUGCACCCUGUGGACCCUGGUCAUCCUGGGAACACUGUAUCUUUUGCUGGAGAACCAUCUCUGUGUACAAGAGACGGCUGUCUCCUGUGAGAGCUUCAUCAUGGAGUCGGCCAAUGGCUGGCAUGACAUCAUGUUCCAGCUGGAGUUCUUUCUGCCCCUCGGCAUCAUCUUAUUUUGCUCCUUCAAGAUUGUUUGGAGCCUGAGGCGGAGGCAGCAGCUGGCCAGACAGGCUCGGAUGAAGAAGGCCACCCGGUUCAUCAUGGUGGUGGCAGUUGUGUUCAUCACGUGCUACCUGCCCAGCGUGUCCGCCAGACUCUAUUUCCUCUGGACGGUGCCCUGGAGUGCCUGCGAUCCCUCUGUCCAUGUGGCCCUGCACAUCACCCUCAGCUUCACCUACAUGAACAGCAUGCUGGAUCCCCUGGUGUAUUAUUUUUCAAGCCCCUCGUUUCCCAAAUUCUACAACAAGCUCAAAAUCUGCAGUCUGAAACCCAAGCAGCCAGGACACUCAAAAACACAAAGGCCGCAAGAGAUGCCAAUUUCGAACCUCGGUCGCAAGAGUUGCCUCAGUGUGACAAAUAGUUCCCAAAGCCAGUCUGAUGGGCAGUGGGAUCCCCACAUUGUUGAGUGGCACUGAACAAGCAGACCAACAACACUGAGGAAGAUAGAGUGGUGACUUAGAAUUAACUCGGUAAGGGGUUGGGGGCUUUGAAAAUGCCACCCCCCUUUCUUAUUGCAAGACGGCUUCACGCACAUGAACUGCAUCCUCAUUCUGUCGGAAAUGAAAUUCACACAACUAUACCUUUUGGGGAGGUUCCAGUUGAUUGAACAGGAUGUUGCCAACUCAUGGUGCAUGGACUCAAAUGCAAUAAACAGUCCUGGGGAGAUGUCCCACACCUGUAGCCCCAUCAUGGGUGUCUGAUUUGACCCUGUGCUCGAUGGCUCAGCUGGCACCACCCAGAUCGAUAAACUGGCUCAUCUGGUCUUGUGGCCCUCACCCAGGAACUGACUCAGGACAAGAGGACAUCUUUGACUCCCUGUGAUUUCAUCUCCAACCUGACCAAUCAGCACUCCCCACUUUCUGAACCCCUAUCGGCCAAGUUAUCCUUAAAAACCCCGAUCCAGGCUGGGCGCAGUGGUCCAUGCCUGUAAUCCCAGCACUUUAGGAGGCCAAGGCGGGUGGAUUACCUGAGGUCAGAAGUUCGAGACCAGCCUGGCCAACAUGGCGAAACUCCAUCUCUACAUAAACACAAAAAUUAGCCAGGUGUGGUGGCAUAAGCCUGUAGUCCAAACUACUUGGGAGGCUAAGAAUGUUCCAGCCACAUCCUCCAGAGAAAAUCCCUCGACCAAUAGAGUCCAAUCUGAUUUUGCACUUCCCUGACUUCUUGUUAAGCCAUCUAUACGAGGAGGGUUUGCUGAAAUGAAAAUGUGACCUUUUGCAAGGGACAUGCAAGAUGAGACUUUCUAUUUCCUUGGCAGCCCAGAGGAAUCAUGUGCACCAUACCUGAAUUUGCUGGUGUCUUUUCUCUGAGUGGGGCAUGAGCAUCAGACAAGCUAAUGCAAAAGCUGGAAGUUCUAACUGGAUAUAUUGCCUGGCGACUCCAAUCAGGUCAAGAUCACCUGAGACUGGACAUCUUCAAGAGAGCACAUUAAUUAGUUAAUAAUCUGUCAGAUUCACUAGAUUAUAUUGGCCUUUCUAGCUUUCCAUAGUCAUUUACCUGUCCAGGCUUUCAAUAAUUUUAAACACUAAAGUGCUGGUUUAUGACAUAUGCUUAGGAAUGAGUAACAUGAGUCUUUGACGGCAUUCUACACGGAAUAAAAGAAUCUACCCACGGGAA